CAGGAUUCCAAGGAAAAUGUUUCUCCAUUUCGGAAUAUUACUUCUUCUGUCCCAUGGACUCCUUGGUGAAGUGGGCGUUUCGGAAGGUAUAGAUGGAGACACCCGAAUAGUAGGUGGCAAAGAUGCCACUCCAGGCAUAGCUAAGUAUUUGGUUUCAAUUCGUGCUCGUAACAGAAACCAAGAAUGGCACCAUUGCGGAGGUUCAAUUUUAAACGAAGAGUACGUUUUAACAGCCGCUCAUUGCCUUUAUAAAAAACGAGCUGAUGAGUUGUCUAUAGUAGCUGGCAGUCACAAGCUCAAUGAAGGCGGCGAACGUUACAAGAUUAAGAAAUUAGUCAUUCAUGAGAAGUAUUCAAAGCCGACUAUAAAGAAUGACAUAGGCGUCGUACAGAUCGAAGGCAAAUUGAAAUAUAACGAUAAGGUUCAACCCAUUGAGUUGUUAAAAGAAAUGGCACCCGUUGGAAAGAAAUGCCUCUUGACUGGCUGGGGAUACGUAAACUUUAAUCGUAAAACAGUCCCAAACAAUCUUCAAAUGUUGGAGUUCAAAACUAUAAGCAAUGACGACUGCACUAAACAAUUUAAAAGGUCGCGUUACCGGAUAUUUGUGCCCGUAGACGCCGGACAACUCUGCGUUAAGCGCCCGAAAAACUCGGGUGCAUGCAAAGGCGAUUCUGGUGGUCCUCUCGUCAUUCAGGACGAGAAGAAUAAAACUGUUCAAAUAGGAGUCGUGUCCUGGGGAAUUCCAUGCACCGCCGAAUUUCCUGAUGUAUUUGCUUCAGUCCAUGGUUUUUACAAUUGGAUACAGGGCAAAAUUAAAUAAAUAACUCAAAAUGUUAACAUUUGAUCAAAAUA